AUGGAGAUUACACAACGAAAAUAUGAGUUUUUUGUUUACCAGAAAAAGUACGCAAAGGAAAUUCUCACGAAAUUCAAAAUAGAAAACUGCAAAGAGAUUAGUAUUCCCAUAAACCAAAAAGAGAAACUAAGUAAAGAUGAUGGAGCCGAAAAGGUGGAUCAGACAUACUUCAGAAGUUUCAUUGGGUGUUUAAUGUAUCCUACAACAACAAGACCCGAUAUAUUGUAUGUUGUAAGUGUUUUAUCAAGAUUCAUGCAUUGUCCUAGUGAAGUACAUUUUCCGGCAGCCAAAAGAGUUGUGCGAUACUUCAAAGGAACCAUCACCUAUGGAGUCAAGUUUCAGAAGAGUCAACCUGUGAAGCUUUGUGGGUAUUCCGACAGUGAUUGGGGCGGUUUCGAGGGUGAUGCAAAGAGUACUUCAGGGUACUAUUUUAGUUUUGGUUCUGGAAUUUUCUCAUGGAGUUGUAAGAAACAAGAUAUUGUAGCCCAAUCUACUGCCGAAGCUGAGUUUGUGGCAGCUGCAACAAAAGUAAAUCAAGCAUUGUGGCUUAAGAAAAUUCUGGUUGAUUUGCAUAUGGAACCGACUGGAAGCAUGAAAGUGUUCGUGGACAAUGAAGCAGUAAUAGCUAUAUCUCACAAUCUUGUGUUUCAUGGAAGAACUAAAAACAUCAAAAUCAAGUUAUUUUUCUUGAGAGACGUGCAAAAAUAUGAAGAUAUAUUCACUAAACCUUUACCAAUCAUUAAGUUUCACCUUUUCUUGAGAGAAGUGCAAAAAGAUGGAGAUAUAACUCUUUUCUACUGCAAGAUGGAAGAACAUUUGGAUGAUAUAUUACUAAGCCUUUACCAGUCAGCAAGUUUCAGCUUCUCUGGCAGAAAAUUGGAGUUUGCAGUUUCCAAACAUGGCGGGCUAGAUGCUGCUAGGGCGGCAGCACCACCACAGGAUAAGUGGCCACCAGAGCGCGAUAGGCCAGACAAAAUGUAA